AUGGCCCGCCGUCCACCUCCAAAACACUACCAAUGGCCCGAGAUCCAACUCAACAUCUGGAUCCUCACAGUCCUCGCCGCAUCCUGCAUCUGUUUGGGUAUAUUCGCCUGGUUUAUCUCCGUACAAAAUGAGCUGCGACUCGGUGUGCCAUGGCUCCUCCCCUACACGCUUACAACAAGCACGCUCUCCCUUUUCUUCAUCAUCCUCGUCAUCGUUCUCGCGAUGCAGGGCUUCCUCCUGCCAGGCAUAAUCCUCGUCGGCACAUUCAUCCUCUUCGUCCUCUGGCUCACAGGGCUCAUCGAGACGUCCCUGCAGAUGUACGGCGUCGUCGCGAACAUCAACGAUAAUUGCCAGAUUUGGGUUUACGAUAAUCGCGUCGGAGGGGAUAAUUUGAAUACGAUGGCGUGGAUUACGCAGAAUAAUCUUUGUAACUGCUGGCGCACGGCUUUUGCGUUUGAGCUGGUGAAUACAGUCUUCUUUCUGUGGAUGAUGGUUAUGGCGUGGAAGGUGCAUCGAGAUGUUAACCACUAG